CUCGUCGGGAAUGAUUCUGAGCGGCUCUGCCUGUCUCGUUUGCUUUUUCCUGUCCGGGUUUCUAGCGUGGGUGACUGCUGCAGCCGCGGCAUUUGACAUUCUAGCUGAAAUGGAUAGAUAUACUGGCAACGCCAGAAGCUCGCCGCCGGUUUUAUCCCCUCGGCCUAUGAGGCAGGUUUGCAUCAACUGUGCACAGAACAUACUAGAUUGGAACCCUCAUACUAAAUGCGUACGGGGUUCGGGCUUUUGUCCAGAGGGCAUUUGUGAUCAUUGGAGUUCCGGGGCCUGGGAUUCUUUCCAGCAUUGCGUUAAGAUCGCUGAGACUGACCGCGUUGCUCGCUUGGGAAAAGAUCGUGCAUCAGGUUUAAUCGUUUGCACUUCAAUGUCUGACUGCUACAGUGGAGACUGUGUUUCUGGACAUUGUGAAUGCAUUGAAGGAUUCUCUGGCAUUUACUGUGAUGUUUAUUCUCCAUGUCAUGAUCUUUAUUUCCCAUGUGGUGAACAUGGAUACUGUACAGAAGCUCAAACAUGUAUUUGUUCUGAAGGUUAUUAUGGUGCAUAUUGUAAUGAGAAAUAUGCUGAUGGAAUGCCUGGAAAAAGAAGUCAAAGAGGAAGAAAAAAAGAUGUGGGACAUGGUGACUAA